UCAUGCUGCUGCCAGGUCCAGAGUGUGUCAUGGGUCCCUGUACGGCCUCCCAUUGCUGCUGUCUCCAUCGCCACACUCUGCCAUGUGCCACUUUCAGGUCUCCUCACACUGCUGGUGGGUUCCAUUUUGUCAUAGGGUGCUGGCAGAUUACGGGCCUCCCAUUGCUGCUGCCAGGCCCGUAAUCUGCCAUGGGCCCCUGUACCGCCUCCUCAUGCUGCUGCCAGGUCCAGAGUGUCUCAUGGGUCCCUGUACGGCCUCCCAUUGCUGCUGUCUCCAUCGCCACACUCUGCCAUGUGCCACUUUCAGGUCUCCUCACACUGCUGGUGGGUUCCAUUUUUUG